CCAGAGUCGGCGGCAGAGCCUCGCCACGGAGUCCACGCGGUGUUCGUCGUGCUUCUCGCGUCCCGUGUCGCGGAGCAGAUAGUACAAUAGACCGGGCCCGACCGUCCGUCCUCCAGCUCUCCGGUGCCCAUUCCGUCCAGGAGUUGGAUUUCCAAGAGAAGCCGUAAGAAUUUAUUCGAGAUAUCUCCCGAGGACCUCCCGAGGACUCGGUAGGAUCUCGCGGUCGCCGGCUGGCAGCGGAUCGGCGGCGAGAGCUGCGCGCGCACCCGCCGGGCCACCUUAGGGCCUGUUUUGAGCGCCGGACCUCCAGGGGAGCUUCGAUCCGCGAUCUCCCGAUUCGCACCUCGGCGAGUGGAAAAAUCCCCACGAAUCCGCCGGACCACGUUACGGAGCCGCACAUCGCGGGAUUGGAACCUCACGGCCAUUGAAUAAUUUGACGGAUCUCGUCCCAGGAUCACGGCGCAAAAAAUUUCGAAUAAAAUCCACCGAGAAACGCCGAGGGUUAAUCGACAUCACCAAGGACGUCCAGAGUGACCUGCGACCCUUGACCCGUGUUCAAAGGACUCCACGGAAGUGUAUAAAUACUUGAGACCGCCCGAGAUAAGGAGCCGUGAUUUUCAAGAGCUACUCACCUUAAAGUACCUAGAAACGUCCAGAACUAUCCGGCGCGUUCUGACCACUUAUAAUUAAGUUUCAGCUGGAUCUGAAACGCAAGACUCUUAGAGUCCGUCUCCAAAAUCAUCGGAACGAUUACGAUCUAGGUCCAUCCGAGUCAAGACUGCUUGGAAGUUUUAACACCUCCAGGGGUCAGCGGUACCGAUUUCGAAAUCCAAGGUGGUCUGCCGUGUCCACGUCCUAGGACCACCCAAGCGCUUUAGGGUUUGUCCUCAACCCAGUCCACGAUGUCCUCCUUGAAGGGCGAUCGCGUGCCUUCUGCGCGGCUCUGUCAUAUCGUCAAAUGGGACGACUUCGACGGGUACGGGUUCAACCUGCACGCCGAGAAGGGGAAGAACGGGCAGUUCAGCGGCCAGUUUAUCGGCAAGGUGGACGAGGGCUCGCCUAGCCAGGCCGCGGGCCUCAAGCAGGGCGAUCGCAUCGUCGAGGUUAACGAGAUCAACAUCGCUAACGAGACCCACAAGCAGGUCGUCGAGCGCAUCAAAGCCUUCCCCACGGAAACGAAGCUCCUUGUCGUCGACCAAGAGGCCGACGAGUACUUCAAGGCGAACAAUAUCGUCAUCCGCGGCAGCAUGGCCAACGUUAAGGUGAUCAAGACCCCCGAGAGGGACCCCGCCACCGUCGAGAUGGAGGCCCGCGAAGAGGCCAGCAUCGGUUCUGCCGACGAGAAUGCACAGAAGUCGAUCGGUUCAAACGAUGGGUCGAGUGGAAGUAUCGAAGGAAGCACCACGCUGUCAAACGAGGAGAGCUCCUUGACAGAGAAACCCAGGCAAAAUGGCAACGAUGACAGCCACGAACACGCUACCGGAAAUGGAACCGGCAAUUCCACCAGCAAUAUCGGCAGCAACACGACCAGCAAUUCCACCGAACACAGGGGAUUAAACUUGAAGAUGACCGCGAAGGAAUUGCGCGCGCAGUUGGCAGCGCGCAAGAAGUACGACCCGAAAAAGGAGUCCAUUGGCUUCAAGGACAAGUUUGACAUCGUACAAAAGCUCUAACCAUCCGACGAGUCCGUGUACUCGUUACUUUCCAGUAUUCUUCCCCAGUCAGCAAGAUGCGAGCGAGUAACGAGAGCCGUCUCGUACCCUCUGGACGGACCGAGCAGCCAUUUCUCGUCUUCCGGAUAUGUUUAUCUAAUUUACAGUAAAUGUAAAUCGAGAUAAUAGAUUACAACCGACGAACUCGAUCGCCACGAUAAAUGCGAAAAGACAGAGGAAGGGGGCAAGAGGCUUACUUCUUUUAGAUUUUAACCCUUUGGCUACUAAGAGCGCCUGAAGGCGCCCGACGUUUGGUCCAAUAUUGCCUGCACGGUCGGACGAAUUUCGCCCGUAUGUCGAAACGGCUCCGUGUUCAAAGAGUUAAUUCAGUACACGAGUGCAGAACUGCCGUUCGGCGAACGCGCAUUCGCAAUCCUGGGCGCGAUAGAUAAAUUGUUAGUUUAAUUACAAAUAAGAUUGCACUUUGUUUCCGACUCCACGUGGUCGGUUGAGCUUGUCAUUAAUUUCGUGCGCGGAAAAUCCGAAUUGAUUUUUGCGAGUCGGAGUGUUCUGGUCGAAUUUUAAAUUUACAUAAACAACGUGUUCCGAUUCACUGUUAUAAGAAAGUUUGCACUUAGGUACUGAAUUGCUGUUCCGAUACGUGCAAUCGAUUUAUCUCUGAAUGCGAAGUCGAAUAGACAAGAUCCAAAACUCGUGGUCGUCGAUUGGUUUAAGAAAAAAAAAAAAAAGAAAAAAGGAAAAGAAA